AUGACCACUGAAAUUUUCGUGAAGUGGCUCCAGCAUUUUCAAAGCUUUGUAAAAGCUAGUCAUAAUGAUAAAAUUCUUCUUAUUGUCGAUGGCCAUGCCAGCUAUAAGUCAUUCGAAGCUUUGAACUUUGCCAAGGAGAAUGGAAUCGAAAUUGUUUGUCUUACUCCACACUGCACCCAUCCUAUGCAGCCUCUCAAUGUGUGCUUUUAUGGACCGCUCAAGACAUAUUUUAACCAACAGAUUUCUGUCUGGCUUAGAAAUCAUCCAGGAAGAGUGGUGGCAGCUCUUCAGAUCGGAUAUUUAUUUAAUCAAGCUUAUGGAAAGACUGCUUCAGUUCAAAAUGCAUGCAAUGGUUUCAAAAACACUGGACUAUGGCCAGUUAAUCCAGACAUAUUUCCAGAUCACUUUUUUGAACCAGCUGAAACAACAAAUAUGCCAAUAGCUUCCACAGCUCAUAACUCAGACUCAAUCCAGGAUCAGAACCUUCCAUCGUUGCCAAUAGAACCGGAGGCUGGCGAGAUUAUGGCCCAGGAACAGAAUAAGGCCCCUGAAUCUUCAUCAAAGCCAUCCACUAGUUCUUGUAAACCAUCUACUUCAUCGGAUUCUUCAGACGCAAUAGCAGUCACUAAUGAUAUUCAUAACACACUGACUGGCUUGUUAGACAUUUCCCAACCAUCCUUUGCAUCGACAAGUUCUUCAGCUGUUCCAGUUAAUGUCAUUUCUCCAGUUUCCAGUGGUAAAUUUGUAAGUGGACAGGGUAAACAAAAGCCAAAGAAAUGA